AUGACAAGUGGUUCAAACCCUUCAGGAUCUUACUUGCCCUCAAAAGUAAGAUGUUCCAAAAUAGAUGACAACUACUUGAAGGAAUUGAAUGAGGACUUAAAGCUAAGGAAGCAGGAACUGCUAGAGAUCCUAAAACCUCUUGAAGAUAAGAACAAUCUCUUAUUCCAGAAGUUGAUGUCUAACUUGGAAGAAAAACAGAGAAGUCUACAGAUCAUGAGGCAGAUCAUGGCAGGAAAGGGGAGUGAAGAAUCCUCAGUCAUGGAGCUCAUUAAGGAAGCAGAGGAGAUGAAGCAGAAUCUGGAAAGGAAAAACAAGAUGCUUCGGAAGGAAAUGGAGAUGCUAUGGAACAAGACAUUCGACACAGAAGAACUUGGUGAUCAACAAAAAGCACCGCAGAUAAAAAACAAAGCAGACUUGCAGGAGGGGAAGGUUCCCAAAACCCCCUCCUCACCUAGGAAGACCAAGAAUGAACUGGAGACAUCAUGUGCAGAGAAAGUGAAAGAGAAAAAGAAGGAAAAGCCACAGAGGAAAAUGGAAUGGGUCAGGUAUCAGGAACAAGCCAACAUCCUUCAGAAUGGCUUUAAUGGCAAAAUGAUUGAGUUGAGAAUUGAAGCCUUGAAGAACUACCAGAAGGCCAAUGACCUGAAAUUAUCACUGAACUUACAGCAGAAUUUGGAGCCAAAGCAAGCAUAUUUUAAUCUUCCUGGGUCUCGAGGUACUGUGAACACUACAACUACCAGCAGAUUAACUACCAGCAAAAACGAAUCUAAUGUGAGAAUUCUGGGAUCAAAAACCUACACAGAACAACAAAGAGCUAAAGGAAAUCAGUUUGAUGAUGUAGGAGGGAGAUCUUUUUUCUGA